UUCUGUCUCCUUCAGCCUUAACAUUGUAAAGAGACUGAUUCUAAGUUUAGAGACUGCAACAGCCAUGAAGUUGCUAGGAGCUGGAUGUUUAUUUGCAUAUUUCAUCGUGUACAUCUCAGGGGUUCAAGGGCGAGCAAACAGGAUCUGUGCUUUAAAAGGUUCAUCGGUGGAUCUGCCCUGCUCAGCUCAACAUCCCACUUCAAGCAUGACAUGGCACACUGUACACUGGAAUGAAUCUUUGUUUAGGUCUCCAUUCGUUCAGAAUGACCUCUUAGAUGGAAAUCAUACAAGGUACAACAUGUCUGCGGAGAGUAACUUCACUCUAACAAUCAGUGAUCUGAGAGAGAGUGAUGCAAAGUUCUACUGCUGUGGAAACAUAACUGACAACCCAGGACGCUGCUGGAUCUAUAGAACAGCGCUCCGUGUGGCAGACCUGCAGGUACAGGUGAUUCCCACCACAGAGGGACAGACCGUAACACUGAUAUGUAGCACCAGCUGUCCCCUGACUGAAAACCCUGCAGCCUACAUCUGGUACAAGAACAGAGAGUUCCUCUAUGAGGACUGGUCUCCCUGGUACCAAGAGCUGGUCAGCAGUGAGGAAGCAGUCACAUACUCCUGUGCUAUCAAAGGCUACGAGCAUCUCAGAGCUCCUGAAGUCUCAGUGGAUUCUGUCACGCCAACCUGCUUUAAUGUGACCUACGCUAAACGGAGAACGUGUCCUCCCAAUCAGACGUCAGCAGAUGAGCCGUGCUCCAUCACAUAUCCAACAGAAGUACAUGUUCAAAGGACUCCUUUAGAUGAGGACUUUGUCAGACUGACCUGUACCCCCAGCUGUCCUCUGACUGACCCUCAGGCCGCAUAUAGGUGGUACUGGCAAAAAGUUGGUAUUAGAAGCCAGAGGACUAAACUUCUCUACAGGAACUUUGAGGGUCAACACUUUACAGUUCCCAGAGGUGACAGUUUCUCCUGUGCUGUAAAAGGCCACGAGGAUUUGCACAGUGCUCAAGUCUGUGCUGAGGAAAAGUCCUGCUGGGAUGUGAAUUAUGUCAGCAGGAGAAUCUGCGCUCUGGAAGGUUCUUCAGUGAACAUUGCAAGUGAAUACUCGCAUCAAGACAGCUGGCCACCAGAGUUUAAAUUAUGGUAUAAAGUAAAGAGAAGUGGUGAAGAGAAUGCUGAACAUCUCACAGCCAGUUCAGAUCGUCUGAGGUAUCAUGACAAAAUUAACAAAAGCCACAUCCUGAGAAUUACAAAUCUGAGGAAGAAUGACUCGGCAGAAUACAUAUUCUCACUCCAGCGUAAAGGUGAAGAAUGGAAACUGUCUGAUUUCUCUGGAGUCACAUUGGUUGUCACAGGUCUGAAAGUGACGUUUACUCCUUCUGCAGUGGUGACAGAGGACCAGAGAGUCACACUGACCUGCAGUACCAGCUGUCCUCUCACUGACAACACAAACUACAUUUGGUUCCUCAACAGUCGACCUCUGACUCUGACAGAGACCCAAACCAAACACCUGGUGCUAGACCCAGCCAGCAGUCAGCAUGCAGGAAACUACGCCUGUGGUAUCAAAACCCAGAGAGACAUCACGUCCCCUGAAGAGACUCUCACUGUUCAAGGCCCAAAGAUGGAUGUUCCAAUGGCAAUAAUUAAUGCAGUCAGACUGACGGUUGCAUUGCUGAUCCCGAUUCCUCUUCUUCUCUUCCACCUGUGGAUGAGACACGCUCGCAGUGUGAGAACAUCUCAGUCAUGGUCAUGAGUCCUGCAGCACAGAGGGACCCAGCACACGCCAAGAAGACACUGUGUACUGUGUGGCUAAGCAUCCACACAGGACGCUCCACACAGUGUGCAGCAGCUGCCUGUCUUUAUCAUUUAGGUACAAGCUGGGCUGAGAUGAUCUGAACAGUGCAAAGACACCUCUUAAAUCAGAUUGGGAGUGAAUGAUGGCUUUACAUGAAUUAUAAUGUUAAUGUGUGUCUGAUGGAUGUGAAUGUAAGUCAGGGCUUUGUCAGCUUGUUGUGCAGUUGUUCUUUCCCAGAGUGGCAAAACAAAUGAAUGCAGCUUGAUUUAAGGUUUGUUGUGUUGUUGUCAUUUUAACAGCUGUUUUAAUAUUAGCUGGGGCGUUUAUGUAGUGAAGAUGUAUUUUGCAGCUGCAACAGAUGGCCACAUACAGUUGGGGGAGAUAUGUAUUUAUCAGUCCUUUGUUAGGCUCCACAGAUGUAGCAGGAAAUUACAUAAUUGGGUGUUAAAAAAUAGGUGAAUAUAGACCUCUGGCAUAUGAUGAUUCAGUAACUUUUUCUACUGUCUGUUUAUAUUUGCUGUAUCAGUUCAUUAUGAAAUCCAUUUAAUAGCUUCUCUUAAGUUGUAUAAUCUCUUAUGUUUUUCCAAAUGUACACCAGAUUUUAAUUCAUAUUCUUGUCAAACAUCUAAUAUGUAAUCCUUUUUUUCCUCUUUUUGCAUGUCAUGUGAUAUUUUAAUGUAUAUACUG